AUGCUCCAAAGUGUUGUUCCCGUUCGCGAGAAUACAGACCAUCAACCCCUCACCACCACCAUCCCUUCUUCCUCUCCUGUUCAUGACGAUUAUGAGAUUCAUGAUGGCAAAUCAGAUCAUGGAUCAAUCUACAAAAUUGUCGUUCCAAAAUCAACAACUUGGAGACUAGCAAGUAUUAAGGGAAUUUACAUUUGGUGUCAUGGAUACCGACCACUCGGAAUUCCAUUAACCGCCAUUUUUGAUUACCAUGCAGAGCCUUAUGCAACUCUUCUCAGACGAGGUUUUAUUCUAGCCUCAACCUCUUAUCGUAGAGAAGGAUAUAUUCUAAAAGAUGCAGUGGAAGAUAUUGAUGAAUUGCGAAGAUUUAUUCUGGAUCAAUUUGUAUCUCCAAAUGAUGCAUCAACACCCUAUUUUACAGUAUUAUUAGAAGCUGAGAGUAUGGGAGGUGCUAUUGUCACACUUCUUAAUGAGAGAUAUUCUCGACAACACUAUCAUGGAAUCAUAGCAACUGGAGCAGCAUUAUUUAUUCAAAAAGAUCCAGUGGACAAUCCCAUUCAGUUUCUCUUUACACCUCAUAUUCCUCAAAUUUAUAUAUGUAAUUCAUCGGAGGUUUCUAUUGUGAAAGAGUAUAUUGAAAAAUCGAAGGAGGAGAAAAAACGAGAUUCUUCCAUUAUCAUUCCUAAUUUAUUAACUGUUGAAAGAGAAGGACAUUGUGAGGUUUUUACUGAAGAAAUUCAAAUUGCAUUCUCUGCAUUAUUUGAAUGGCUGAAAGAUGAAAGUUAUUUUGACAAUUUAAAUCAAGAAUCUCAUGAUAUCACCUUGUAUUCUUUAGAGAUGGAAAGAGAGUUCAACAGUCAAAGUUCUAGCAAGUUACAAAUAGUCACAGAAAUGGUCAACUCACAACCAGUUCGAGGAGUUUGGAUCUUGGUGGAUGAAGUUUCUCUUUACAACGAAGUGAUUUUGAGAAUUGGAAGGGAAGAUUUUCGAAAAUUGUUUAUUUAUCCUUACAAUCAAUUCACCAUGUAUGUUUCCAACAGUAGCAAGAGUAAUGAAAAGUUUUCUUUGGAUACUGCUAAAAAGUUUGAAAUUCUACAUGCAUCCUAUCCAUUUGCAGGUAUCGAUGUUGGUACUUUAGUAUCAAGUUUUAACAUUGAUGACAACUUGAUCAUUCGAAGGCAUUUUACAGGAAAUAAUUUGAAUGCUGCAGGUACGGAGAUGGGUGUUCAAAUCUCUCAUUGGGUAUUUAUUUUAGAAAAAGAAAUGAAGAGGACUUCUAGAUUCAAUCAGUAG